AUGGCCUGGCUCUACCACAAGAUCUUCGACACGCACAAGGAGCUCACGCGCGACGCCGCCCUCAAGAAGCUCCCCAAGGUGUCCCUCGAGAAGCUGGUCGAGUCGAAGUCCCUGCGCGCCGGCGACGUGCUCCUCGUGCGGAGCGACGCCGAGGUCCCCGGCAGCGACCUGCACUGCCACCCGCAGGUCUCGCGGGGCGUCGCCGCGUCCUGCCGCGUGCCCUGCAACAAGAAGGUCACGCUCAACGGCUGGACGGAGAUCCACGUCGUUCUGGGAGGCUCCGUCGCGUGCGAGCUCCACGCGCGCCACGUGGGGAAUUUGGACGAGGCGGCGGCGAAGGAGUUCGCGGCGCGGCUCCGGUCGAAGACGAAGCGGAGCCCGCGCGGGUCGUCGUCGAGCCGGCGCCUGGUGCACCACGGCCGCGGCGACGAGCGCGCGGUGCUCUCCGCGGGCGCGGGCGGCCUGUCGCUGCGCGCGCUCCACAGCGCCUGGCAGCACUGGCUCGACGACGAGUCGACGGUUGUGGCCCUGCGGCGGCUCGUGGCGCCGGACGACCGCUACCGCCACUACCUCGAGGAGGCGUUCGACGCCUGCGGAAGCGCGAUGCUCGCGUACUUGGAGUCCGCGGCGGGCGUCGGCACGUCGGGCGUCGUCCUCCUCAGCUGGCAGGAGGCCGUGCGCUGCGACCACGUCGGCGGCGUGGCGUCGCAGGCGCUCAAGGCCGUCGCCGCGGGCUUCGACGCGCCCUUGCCGUACACGAAGACGCCGGCCAAGGAGGCCUUCUUCCGCUACGACGUGAACGACAGGGGCGAGCUCGACGUCGACACGGUCGUCGCCGCGCUCAAGUCCAUCCCCGCCGUGCACCUCAAGUCCGCGGACCUGCGCGGCGACGUCGACCGGUUCUCCGACGAGGACACGCUCGACAUCCUCCAGUUCCAGUCGCUCGUGGACUUCAUCCUGGACCUGCCGCCGGCGCCCCACCUCGACCGCGACGCCUACGGCGCCCUGUCCGCCGGGUUCUGCGUCGGUUUGCUGCGGGCCAUGGCGGCCGUGGAGCCCCUCGACGACGACGACGCGCCCGCGCCCGACACGCUCCCGACGACGGCGUCCUUCGGCGAGGACGACCCGCCGCUGCCGUGGCGCGACGGCUUCGGCCUCGAGCCCCUCAUCCGCGUCGACGUCGCGCCCGCGUCCUAG